AUGACUACUCUACACGAGGCCCUCCAGUGCCUCAAACCGACGUCAUGGGAGGAAGUGCCCCAUUCCCCCCAGGAGCUACGAGGAUACAUACGCGACAUCUUCAAACAGGGUCGUCUGGUAGCAGAGUCUCUCCCAGACCCCCCGCAGUACGAGCACGAGGAACAAUAUGGCGUGGAAUCAGAGACCGCAGAGCCCAGGCGGCGAGUCAUUCCAUCGUCCGUCCGAGUGGGGGAAACGGAUCCCGAUAUUACAUCGCUGCAGAAGCAGUGGGGAAAGCCUAUUAAAAUGGGCGGUGCGAAAGAUAACCCGCUCGGUGUACACGUGUGGAAGUUAAAUGCGAACGAUAAUGGUGGACAGUGGUUUGGAAGACGCAGUGUGCACGAGGGUUUGCCCUUUACACGAUGGCAGGAGAAGCUUUCUUCCGAGUACGAUGAGACACUGAAGGUUAAUCGGAAGAAGAUCGAGAAGGGACAAACCCCUGACCAUAGUAUCCGUGGUAUCGGUGCUGAGGAGAAGGUUGAGAGUGUGGAGGUUUUGGAUGAUGAUGGCUCGGUUAUGGGCCAGGUCACGCUUUACCAUGUCUCUGCACAGUUCCCUAAGCCGACUGCCCCUCGGGACUUCGUAACUCUGAUCAUUACGUCUGAGCAUGGGCUGCGGAUAGGCGGGACGAAACAGCAGGGUCGGAGCUGGAUGAUGAUUUCCAAGCCUUGCGAACAUCCUGAUAUUCCGCAUAAGGCUGGUUACACUCGAGGAGAGUAUGAGUCUGUCGAGCUUGUCCGGGAGAUUCCUAAGCAAGACAUCGAGAGCUCAUCUGGCUCGGUUAGCUCUGAGAAGAAACCACAGAAGCAGAGCAGCUCUGACGAGUCCAAGGCCCAGAGCCCAGAUGCUGAUGGUACUUCAGACGACGAGGAUACGAACCCAGUCGAAUGGAUUAUGGUGACCCGAAGCGAUCCUGGAGGCAAUAUUCCCAAAUGGAUGGUCAACAAGGGCACUCCGGGAAGCGUCGGGGCAGAUGCAGCCAAGUUCCUCACCUGGGCAAUUAAAGAUGCGAAUGCUCCAAACAAGAACAGCACCCAGGGCGACCCGGCCGACGAUGAACAUUCCGAAGAAGAAGAAGAAGAAGAAGAAGAUAAUACCGACUUGACAGACACAGACGCCCAGUCUCAUCAUGGCUUGAUAGCCAGUGUGACAGGCUUACUCAACACCGGCAUUGAACGAUAUGCACCUCAAGCAUUCCUCGACUAUAUCCCGCAUCAUCACGACAUACCAGGCUCUUUCCCACAAGCAGAUGCCGAUGAUUCCGUAUCUCAAAGCACUAAAGCCUCAAGCAACAAACACGACCGCAGCGCCGAUUACUUAGACCCAGACCAGGCCUCUUUCUCCUCUACCCGCUCCGAAGGAGUCACACCAGUAAUGGACCUUGGACCGAAUCACCUUCCCCCAAAAGAACUGAUGGAAAUGACAAAAGACGGCAAAUUAAGCUCGCACGAGAAAGAACUCGCAAAACUAGCCCUCCGCAAACGCGAAAUCGAUGCCAAACUCGACUCAAUCCGCGCCGAGCUAGAUAAGUCUCAGGUCCCAUCGCAAAGCAUCCUGGCACCACCACCAAAAGGCCUCGUCAAUGAUGUCGACAGUGACACAAGCGGCAUGCUCAAACGCGCAGCUGAGAAUCGAUCCUCUACCCCGGCUAGCAGCCACCGAGGUGGAGAUAGUAGUGAGGGCCAGUCAUCACAGACCCAAACGCCUGAGCCGCCGGCGCAUGUGCACAAGGCUGCCUUGCAGCUUUUACACGAGGAGUCUAAGCUUCUGAAACAGCUUCGCAAGAUCGAGGGUAGCCAGAUCAAGAUUGCUUCGAAGAUUGAAGCGAAGCAGAAGAAAGUGGCUGAGCGUUCAGAGAAGUCGAAGUCUAAGUCUGAGGUUGAGAGUUUGAGAAGUGAAGUCAAAGACUUGAAGAAGGAGGUUGGCAGGCUGCGUGCGGAGAGACAAAAAUGGGUGGAUCUUGUUGCUACGUUGCAGGCCGAGAAUACGAAGUUGGCCGCGGCGAGCACCGAGAGUAGAUCUGGGAAAGCUUAA